AUGCUGAUACAACUUGCGGGGCUUGCAGGAAAACUUUCUGCUGCUGCUGCUGCUGCUGCUGCUAAUGACAACGGUCCCCUGCUGCAUCGUCCAGAACCACAGACCAACCCUCGGAUCAGUACACCUAAUGCCGCCGCUAAUAGUAAAGAUGAAGAGAGUAACGAUAACAACUACAACAACAUCGGCGACCGCAAGGCCCUGCCAGUGAACAGUCAUGCAUCUAACACUUCCAUCUCUAAGCCGCGGUCUAUAGCUACCUCACCCUCAGUGUCUCAGUUACAACUGAAACUCUCUGCGGGCACGAGUACAAGCAAUCGCCAGUUGCGACCUCAAACCCCAAUCGACCCGCUUUCUCAGCAUAUCCUGCAACGUACAAAUACGGAGAAGCCUGCGCCCCCCAGAUUUCGCCCUCCUGCAAAAGCCGAUACGGAGCCUGGUGGAUCAGAAUCGCAGCGAACAUUUACUAUCCAGAAAGAAUUGGUGCCUGAAAUAUUACGAGAAACAAACUUCUCCCAGAAAACCUCAAAAGAUAAGAAAAAGGGAGUUUCUUUUCUAGGCCGUAUAAUCGGCGGCAAGAAGAAAACCUCUUUCCCCGAGUGGAAAGACGAUGACUCUGAAACGGGCGAGAUUCGUGCCACCGGUAUGGACGCUGAAGUAUUCGCUCAACCGAUAGGAUAUAUCCCUCGAUGUCCUCCGCCACCGAAGUAUAUCAAAGUUCGUUCGCAUUACAAGAAGGACAAAAUCUUUGAUCGCCUGUUUCUUGCUCAAGAGCUCUGCGGUACAGCUUCAUCGGCUACUAGUAAGCUUCACGAUGACAGAGAGCAUCCCUCUAGUCCAACUAGUUCAGAGGAUACGUCGUCGACCGGAAAGGCUAUCUGGACGCUUGAGUUUUCCCAGGAUGGCAAGUUUCUGGCUGCAGCCGGCCAGGAUAGAAAAGUUAGGGUUUGGGCUGUCAUUGCAUCGCGGGAGGAUCGCAAAGCGCAUGAGAUCGAAGAAGAGGCCCAGGACGAUAAGCCAUUCAUACGACUCAGGGCCCCUGUAUUUAAGUCCCAACCUGUGCGUGAAUACGAAGGACACACCGGGAGCAUUGUGGAUUUGAGCUGGAGUAAGAAUAAUUUCCUCCUGUCCUCGUCAAUGGAUAAGACAGUCCGAUUGUGGCAUAUAACGAGAGAAGAGUGCUUGUGUUGCUUUAACCACAACGACUUUGUCACCUCCGUUCAGUUUCAUCCCCAAGACGACCGCUUCUUCCUCGCUGGCUCUUUGGAUACGAAGCUGAGGUUAUGGAGCAUCCCGGACAAGAGUGUAGCGUUUAUUGCUACCCUCCCUGACAUGAUCACUUCUGUAGCUUUUACCCCAGAUGGAAAACACUCCAUUGCCGGCUGUCUCAAUGGCGUUUACCUUAUCUAUGAUACGGAUGGCCUGAAAAUACAGUCUCAAAUCCAUUUAAAAUCAGCGCGUGGACGGAAUUCCAAGGGCAGUAAGAUCACCGGCAUUGGGACGAUCAUCCAACCGCCGGAUGAUCCCAAUGGCGCAGUAAAACUUCUUGUCACGAGUAAUGACUCGCGAAUCCGUCUCUAUAAUUUCAGGGAUCGCACACUGGAGGCCAAGUUUCGAGGAAACGAGAACACCUCUAGUCAGAUUCGGGCCACAUUCAGCAGCGAUGGCCAGUUUGUUAUUUGUGGGAGUGAGGAUAGAAAGGCGUAUAUAUGGCCUAUCAAUUCGCCUGAGAAGGACCCAGAGAAACGCGCUGUUGAGAUUUUCGAGCCACAUUCUUCUGUCGUCACGACUGCAGUUAUGGCGCCGGUUAAAACCAAACAGUUGCUUGCAACCUCUGGCGAUCUUCUCUACGAUAUUUGCAACCCUCCUGCCGCUGCACCGGGUAGCGAAACCGCAUCUAUGUCAUCCAAACUAAAUACAGACUCUGGAAGCCCUCGGAGAGACCCUAUUCCCUCCACUGCCAGAACGUCAACAUUUCCACUUAAUGAAAUACCAGAGGAGUCUCUGACCCAUGCGUCGAAAUUUGCUCACCCUUGCGGAAACAUAAUCAUCACUGCCGACUGUAACGGUACAAUCAAAGCCUUUAGGCAAGAUUGUGGAUACAACAAACCACGCAGCGAGAACUGGGCUUCUUCCUUCUCUCGAAAAAUCCUAGGUCGAACUAGCUCUGUCUCAACCCGCCACAGCAUCGCCUCCUCCUUCGGGAAAGACUCCGUUCACAAAACCCCCUCCGAGCGCAUCCUAUCAUGGCGAAACACCGUCAUUAGGACAGAGAACUCAAGCCUGGACAACCUUCUCUCGAGCCUUUCGCUGCGCACCCGCAGCACCUCGCCCAGUAAAUCUUCCAAGGUCACAAAAUGA